GCUUAAAUGAGGCCCCAAUCAAUGUAAGUUGAUAUUUAACAGUUUGCUGAGCAAAUGCCAAUCUUUUACUCUCAGGAAUUCUGCCAUCCACAGUCACUUAGUCGCUCCUUUUUUGGACAAGGCAGCAAAUUUUUUUUCUAUUUAAAUUCAAGGUACAUUUCCAGAUGAUCUGGGUUCCUUUACGAGAGAGGGCGACUAAGUAAAGAGAAAGUGUUUAAGACCUGCAGACAAUAUAGAAAGGAAACAAUAAACGAAGUUACGUUGUAAGGAUAUGGACCUCCGUCUGACACUCCUGUUGAUCUAUCUCUGCAGCCAAGGAGUCACUAAUGCUGAGGUGGCAGAAGAUGAGUCAGUCCCCUUGGUGCCUCUUAUUCCUUUGACGCCCAGCCACCCCAGAGAGAAUGUAGAAAAUGAAAGUACAGUACAACCAGCAACAGUACAACCAGCAACUGCAGAUACCACAGAAGCACCUGUAACUUCAACAGCUUUAACUAAUAGGCCCAGCGGGGGCUCAUCAGAAGAGGAACAAGAUGGGGGUUGUCUGUCUAUCAGCCGAAGCCCAGAGUCAAGGGAGGCCAUUGCUGCUGCCAUUCAGAAACUGGGUGUGCAGCUACUGCAGAACCUGGAAACCACGCCAGAGCAACCAAACGUCAUCAUAUCUCCUUUCAGCAUAUCACUAGCGCUCUCCCAGCUGGCUUUAGGUGCCGUAAAUGAGACAAAGGAGCUGCUGAUGGAUCAUCUCCAUGAAAACAUUCUCCCCUGCUACCACGAGUCUCUGCAUAAUGUCUUAGAGCAGCUCAGAAACAAUGACCUGCAAAUUGCCACACGCAUCUUCCUGCGCCAAGGGUUUGCACCAAAGCAAGACUUUGUCAACGAGUCCCAGCGGCUGUAUGACUCAGAGCCAGCAGCGCUGGAGAGCUUGCAGCAGAUAAAUGACUGGGUAGAGAAGGCAACACAAGGAAAGAUGACUGACUUCCUGUCUGCUUUACCACCCAAUCUGCUCCUCAUGCUUAUCAAUGCUGUGCAUUUCAAAGGAGAAUGGAAAGCUCGAUUUGACCCUCGCUUUACCUCCAGAGGUGUCUUCUACAUUGAUGACCAGCACAUGGUUGAUGUUGAAGUUAUGGAAGAUGCCAAACAUCCCUUGAGUUUAUUUAUUGAUAAUGAACUGGAUGCUCAGGUAGCCAGCUUCCCAUUCCAGAAGUCCAUGAGCUUGUUAGUAGUCAUGCCUAUGUCUGGCCAGGUAAAUGUGUCUUCACUUUCUGCAAAGCUGAAUAUCUCAGACCUGUAUGAUCGUCUGCCCAAGGAGAAAGCUGUUCAAGUUAAAGUCCCCAAGUUCAAACUGGAGUAUGCUCAAGAGUUACAGGAUGUUUUUACCAAAUUGGGCCUGGGAGAAAUGUUUUCCAGUCCUAAUUUGGCCGAUAUUGCAGACGGCCCCCUGCUGGUGUCCAGUGUGAUACAUAAGUCUAGCAUGGAGAUAAACGAGGAGGGUGCAGAGGCUGCUGCAGCUACCACAGUGGUCAUCUCACGUGCAUCCAACCCUGUUUUCCACCUUAUCCAGCCCUUCUUCUUUGCCCUUAUGGAUGAUAUGACUCAAGUACCUAUCUUCAUGGGUGUGAUCACCAACCCUAAUCCUGGAGCUUCUGUCUUGCAGAGAGGAGAACUUGGUAGCAAAGAUAAAGUGGGAUUCCCAAUUGACAAGAAUCAUGUUGGCUCCUUUGGAGGCCCACCUAAGUAGGGACCAAUAACCUCCCAGGCUGUCCCCAGGAAACCAAGACCUUUAUGAUUGUACAGAUUAAAUGUACAGUAUCACUUAGCUGGACCAAAAUCAGUGUGAAAACAUAUGCUUCAUUUGUUUCUUUAUUUCGUUACAGGAUAAACAUGAGCCUGAGAAGUCCAGUAUCCCCUUUAAGAGUCAAAUAUUCCUUUAAAAAUAAUUAUAGUUUUGCUGCAUUAGAUGACAUGCCCUGGUUAGGAAACUCUUAAAAUUGUAAUUAGAUACAAGAAAUGGUUUAUACCCAUAGUAAAAUAUCAGUUUUAAUUUGGUAACAUACAUUUUUCCAGGGUGUCAUCAUGUAAAGCCAAAUUAAUCUGGUGAAAUGUCCGUUGAUUACAGCAUCAGUGUGUAUGUAGCUGAUUUUUAAAGAUGUUAUCUAAUGGCAUAAUAAAUUGAAUCGAUCUGGAUCACA